AUGUUCGUCAAAGUUUGCAUCCUCGCUGCGGUUGUCGCAUGCGCCGUAGCGCAACACCACGCAACUUCAUAUGCAUCUGUGAGUAACCAUGUUGUUCAUGGCGAUCAUCAUGGAGGUGAAGGAUUAGGACAGGCCCAGGAAGGUGGACAUCAUGGUCAUCACGAAGAACACUACCCACAUCAUCAUCCCAAGUAUGAAUUCAAAUAUGGCGUUGAAGACAAACACACCCAUGAUAUCAAGUCACAACAUGAGGAACGUGAUGGUGAUGUUGUCAAGGGAUACUACACAUUGGUCCAACCCGAUGCUGUGCUUAGUUGUGUGUUUGCUGAUCAUCAUCAUGCUUCAUCCUAUGCAUCAUAUGAUAAUCAUGUUGAACAUAGUUAUCAUCAUGGGGAGGAUGAACACGGACACAAAGAAUAUUUUCAUCACCCAAAAUAUGUUUAUAAAUAUGGCGUAGAAGACCCACACACUCAUGAUAUGAAGUCCGCUGAAGAAGAACGAGAUGGUGAUGUUGUCAAAGGAUAUUACAGUGUGGUACAACCCGAUGGAAAGACUCGUAUUGUCCAUUACACUGCUGAUAAACACAACGGAUUCAAGGCUGAAGUGCACUACACUGACACUCAUCAUUACUAA